AUGAAACGACUCCUAAUACCGACUAGACUGAGGCACGUCCAAAGACGAAACAAAGCGGAGGCGAUUGCAGCAGCGCCUCCCCAAGCACCCCAUGUUCCCGUGCUCUGCGACACUGCCAUUGAACAUCUUCAGCCCGUACCAGGAGGCACCUACAUCGACAUGACCUUUGGAGCUGGGGGCCACACCAGACGUAUUUUUGAAAAGUGUCCUGAGGCGAAGGUCUAUGCAUUGGAUCGUGAUCCAGUGGCCCACCAGCUGGCAAGGGAACUGUGCCAACAGGAAAAGUACAAGGGCAGACUGAUUCCAUUGCUGGGAAAGUUCUCGGAUAUACCAAAGCUAUUUGAGGAGCAUGGCCUCUCCAGGAACUCGGUAAACGGCGUACUGUUCGAUUUCGGCUGCAGCUCAAUGCAGUUCGAUGAGGCUGAAAGGGGGUUCUCCAUUUCCAAGGACGGUCCGUUGGAUAUGCGCAUGGAUAAGGGCCACAGUGGCGGAGUGACUGCCGCCGAAGUGUUGUCUAAAAUAGAAGAAUCCGAUUUGGCUCGAAUCCUCAGGAUCUAUGGCGAGGAAAAGGCCGCCAAGAAAAUAGCCCGCGGGUUAAUAGACGCCCGCAAAGCCCUCGUACAAAUUGAAACCACAAAACAGCUAGCGGACUUGGUGGAGGAUAUUCUAUCCACCGGCCCGAGGAGGGAUAAGCUACAGAGGCCCUCUCACUCGGCCACAAAGACCUUUCAGGCCCUUCGCAUCUUUGUCAACAACGAGCUAAACGAGAUCAACUAUGGCAUGGUUUUGGCUAACGAAAUCCUCCGCCGCGAUGGCCGACUGGUCACCAUUACCUUCCAUUCACUGGAGGAUACCAUUGUCAAACGUCACAUCAAUGGCAACGUUGUGGCCGGUGCCGCCAACCCCUUGCCCCUCAAGUAUUCUGGACACGACAUCAUCGACGACCCGGAGAUGCUGGAAUCCCUAGUCCAAACCAAUUGGAAGCCGCUUCACCGUCAUGUCAUCGUCCCAGAUGCCGAGGAGGUAGCCCGGAAUAGCAGGAGUCGCUCCGCCAAGCUGAGAGCAGCCGUCAAAGUAAACUGAAAGAGCACGUCAAUAAAAUUCCUCAGUCUAGUCCAG